AUGGCAUCUUCCCUUCCCGACAUCUUCGCACCGACCAAUCCCGGGUGUAACAAUGAGAAUGACGAGAUGACACAAUCCGUAAGGCUGAAACGGCGCUCACUGUUCGAGGACGAAGACGAAGAGAACGGGCGCCAGCAACGAAGGAAGUUUGUCGCGUACGUGCUCCAAACCCCAGAGCAGAACAAUUACUCACCCAUCGCAGCUGUCAGAGAUGCCAUGCGCACAAAAUUAAAUGCUCUGGCGACUUACCCUGCAGCAAAUGUCGAGCUGUCGACUGUGCAGAUGAAUGUGCCUAUGCCCCACGCGACCGACAGGUCAAAUUAUCUGGAUCAGAUUUUAGCGGAAAAUCGGCGCUUGAAGGAACAAUCGGUCACUUCGGCCGACGCGGCCGACGUCAACGAGCCUCCACGAGCAGAAAGAGGUCCCUCUCGACCAGCUGACACAGCGGACAACACGAGUAUCCAAAAUCCCAUCAUCGGUGACCGUGCCUGGUUCCACCGCUACGAUCCCACUUCGCCACCUAUCUAUAUCGGCGAAGCAGCAUGUUCGGCUUUCGCCACGCGGUUCCGGCGAUUUCUCACAGGAAAUAAUACCACACCACAUAUUCCCCGAACACAAUGGGAGCGUGAGGAGACAAUUGCAGCGGCCGCCAACGAGACGGACGCCCGUUGGCCGAGCUUACACCAUGCGCGCUUGUUGGUGCGCAUUGCGAUUCAUCAGAUCGGAUAUCUGUAUCACUUGAUGAUGCGCAAAUCUACCCUCGACAGACUGGAGGAGAUCUAUCUAACAGGGGACUUUGAUUGCACCGCGAACAAGUGCAAGUUCUUUGCCCUUUUUGCGUUUGGACAGGCGUAUUCGAUUCGAUCUGAACCAAGCCCUGGCUUGCGAGUUCCUGGAACCGCAUAUUUUGCAAAAGCCAUGAGUUUGGUGCAGGUUCUUCCCGAGAGAACGAGUAUCACACACCUGGAGACUCUAUUGACUCUUUCUUUAUUCUCAUACUACCUCAACCGACGACACUCAGCCUACGUCCUGAUUGGAAAUGCAAUGCGUAUGGGUCUCACAAUAGGGCUGAAUCACAACAUUCCCGAAUCCCAACUCAUCGACCCCGUUGAACGCCAGCACCGCAUCGAAAUAUGGUGGACAAUCUAUAUCUUUGACCGAAUGUGGGGGUCAAAAAUGGGUCUACCAAUGCAAAUCCUCGACGAAGACAUCCACGUCGACAUGCCGAGUCCCAUCACUCCUCGCUGGCGCCACGAAGAAGAGCUCUCAGAUACAGAAUACAUGACCGCGAACAUCCAACUGGCCCGAAUAGUCGGCGAGACAAUCUCAAAGCUCUACAGUCGACGAAAAUACCAAGAAACAUUUCUCCAACGCGUGCAGAAGCUCCUCAAAGCGCUCAAGCAUUGGGUUGACACCCUCCCCGAGAGUCUACGGCUGAACAUGGAAGAUCUCGAGUCGAGCAAGAAACCCAUUGUCUCGCUCCAUAUGGCAUUUAAUCAAUGCGUUAUUCUAACUACCAGGCCAACACUCCUUCACCUCCUCAUCACUCUCCACAAGAAGAAAGAAAAGAACAGCGCCACCGGCACCGCCACCGGCAUAGUACCAAACGGUGUCGCAACUGGUCAAAUUGAAGAACCAACCGUCUCCCAACCAGUUCUCACACUCAGCGAAGCAUGCAUCCACGCUGCAAGACACUCCCACUCAAUGAUCCUAACUCGCUGGAUAAACGGCACAAUGCCGACAUUCGGAUACUUCCACGCCCACUACCUUUUCUCAUCAGCCCUCAUCCUCGCCAUGUCCAGCUUCGUUCCAAUCGGCAAUCCAAACGACAUGAGCUGCUUCGACUCCGCCCUCGACCUCCUACGCUCAAUGUCAGAAAAUGGAAACCUCGCCGCAGCAGAAUUCUACCAUAACCUCGAACAGGUGAAAAUUUGCCUGAGACACAUAUCACGCAACAGCACCGGCAGCGUGGCGGCGGGUAUUGGCAUGAACAGCGGUGUCGGUGUCGGCGUCGGUGUCAGCAUCAACAACGCGGAAAAGAUGCCCACAGAAUCUACCAGCAAUGCCAUUGGAAAUCCAGCAGGGGCAUUCCCUGCCAUACAUUCGCUCUCGCCCUCGCUCUCGCUUACGCAUAUGCAGACUCAUGCUAGUGGAGCUGGCAGUCUCGUGCCCCCACAUCACCAUUCGCAUUCUACGCCCGCCCAGGCAGCGGCAGCAGGGGCAGGUGCAGGUGCAGGCCUAUCGGCAGAAAAUGAACAUUUGCUCGCCGGUUCUGCACUGGCGCCACCCCCGCCGUCAUCCAUGCAUACAACGUCGGAGCCAUAUACGUUCCCGCCGCGUGAAACGAUCAGCGGGUACACGACGCAGAUGGCAUUUUUGGAGCCGACGAUGCAGGAUUUUCUUGCGCAGUCGGAUAUUGAUUUGGGGCUUUUGCAUCCUGUUGAUACUUUUCUUAGUGAGGCGGAGAAUUUGUAUACCUGUCAUGAGCUCUGA